AUGAGGACACUCACUCUUCUUGUUGCCCUUCUUCUGCUGGCCUUUGAGACCCGGGCAGAACCUUUUGAAGGAAGUGCUGAGGAGCUUCUAGACCAGGACCUUCUGGGAGAGGAUGACCAGGAUAUGUCCAUAUCCUUUGGAGGGGAUGAGCGCACUGCUCUUCAAUAUGCAGAUGUGAGGUCACGUGUGACCUGCUAUUGCAGGAGAGGCGGCUGUGGUUCUAGAGAAAGCCACAUUGGGUACUGCAGGUACCGUAACAUCAUCUACCGACUCUGCUGCCGCCGAUGA